AUGAAGAAUAUAUCAGAUUUUGGAUCAGAGACGAAGGGCAUUAUUAAUCAUAAAAACGCGCUUCCUGCAGAAUUAAAAGAUGUUGAAAUCCAUAUGGAGGCUCUAAAUUCAUCUGAUCAAGAUAUUAUAAUUGAAGAGCUUAAAUAUUUUAAUAAUUUAGUUAGCAAAUCUAAAAUACAAACUCAAAAAUACCUAUUGGAAGCCGGAUUGGUUGAAAAACUCUUUCAAUUCUUCUAUGAAACAACUAAUAUUGCAAUAUUAACAUAUACAUUACAUCUAAUUUUAUUAUUUACUAAUAACGAGCUAAUCAACAUAGAUUUAAAUCAAUUUGAACCAUUUUGCAAUAGAGUUUUAGGCAUAUUUACAACUCAUGAAUUACAAAUUUACAGAUAUUUAUUUGACAUCUUAAUAUAUUUUGGGAAUAAGACUACUGGAUUCACAGACUACAUGCUAGAACAAUUUGUUAUAGAUGAACUCACAGAAACAUGGAUUUGCGAGAAAGACGAACUCACAGAGUCAAUGAUACUUAAUGCAAAACUAAUAGAUAGCUUGCUUCAUACAAAAUUCAAAGUAGAAAACAUAGAUCCUUUUAUUUUCAAAAUCCAAUCAAUAAUAGCAACAGAAAUACCAGAAACAUUGAAAUAUAUAAUCUCUUCUCUUAUAAUUGUUCAAAAGCUUGGCGGAAUUAUUAAAUAUGGACCAACACAGAAAAAAUUUUUCACAAAAUCUUUAAUGGAAUUAGAAUCGGCCAAAAAUCUUUUGCAGUUACUUGCACAACCACAGUCCUCAAAAUUAUUUGAUGAUUUGUGGAAUCCUGAGUUCAGAAACAUUUUAAUUGGAGCUUGUUUACAAAUAGGACAAGAUUUACCAGAAUAUUUUGGCUAUUUCCUUAUUCAAAUAGCAGAUAAAUGGAAACCACUUAGUGAUGACCCAAUAAUAUCAUUUUUAAUCUUAUUAAUUUCAAAUGGAACUUUUAUUCAAAGAUUGGCAGCAUCUACUUAUAUACAAAAAUUAUUUUCAUACGGAGACCUUGAUUUUAUAGUAGAUUUAAUUGAUAUGAAACUAAUGGCCUGUUUAGUUGCUUUAAUUCAAGAUUCUAAUGAUCAAUUACUUGAAAUAAGUAUAAACAUUGCUACUAUGGCUGUUAUAACAUUCCAGAAAAUAGGAGAAGAGCUAUCUACAAUUCCAUUUUUCGAUCAAUUUAUGGAAUCAAUAGAAGAAAUCGAUGAAGAUGAUAUUCCAGUACAACUAGGUGAAAAGAUCGCAAACAUUAAAGAAAUGGUCUCUUCUAAAGAGGAAACAGAUAAAUAG